UGUGCUGUGAGGACCUAGCGAGCAUCAUUUCUCUCCUCCGUUCUCCUCUCCUCACCUUCACUGAGCCACUCCAUCCCUCCUCCUCCUCUGCUAUGACAUCUCACACCAGCUGCGCGCUGCCUCCGCCAGCCCGACGCUGCUCAUCCAACAUGGACAUGUGCGCCUGGAAUAGCCGCGAUUGAUCCUCGGGUGGCGUUAUUUUUUUGUUUAGUGUUUUAUUUCGCUUUUUGAAAACAUAUAACAACGCAAGAAGAAAAGAAGGAGGGGGGGCGGCUGUCAUCUUUAACCCCCCUCCGCUCCCUUCAGCCAAGCAGAGCGGCAAGGUGGGGGGAAGGCUUGCAGCCAGCUCGGAUUUAUUAAACGGCAACAUGACGGAUUUGGAGAUGCCAAUGAUGGUGGUGAAGCGGAGGAGGCUGAUGGUGAGGAAAAUGGCCCGACUAAGACUCGACCUCUCACUUCUCCUGACGGGGCUCCUCAUUGGGGAUUUCUCCUCCUCCGGGGCUGAAUCAUGUGGUGGUGUAAUCCAAGGCCUCAACGGAACGAUAGAAUCGCCUGGCUUCCCCCACGGCUAUCCCAACUACGCCAACUGUACGUGGCUGAUAAUAACAGGGGAGCGAAACAGGAUCCAGCUCACCUUCGUCACGCUCGCACUAGAGGAAGACUUUGAUAUGGUGUCUGUAUAUGAUGGACAACCUUCGCCUGGGAACUUAAAAAUGAGGUUGUCAGGGUUCAUGCUGCCUUCUCCUAUUGUCAGCACCGGAUCUAUAUUGGCCUUGUGGUUUACCACCGAUUUUGCCGUCAGUGCACAGGGCUUCAAAGCCGUCUACGAAGUCCUGCCCAGCCAUACAUGUGGCACCCCUGGACUCAUCCCAAACGGAGUCAUUCAUGGAGCGCGAUACAACAUCGGGGACAAAAUCCGUUACAGCUGCGAGUCUGGUUUCGUCCUGGAGGGGCAUAAUAUCCUCACAUGUUUCGUAUCACCGGGCAGCGGAGCACAGUGGGACUUCCCCUCACCAUUUUGUAGAGCGGAAGGGGCAUGCGGCGGCACGUUACGAGGCACGGCGGGUUCAAUAACCAGUCCCAGCUACCCCGCUGAGUAUGACAACAAUCUGGAUUGCAUGUGGUCAAUCCUUGCCGAACCCGGGGACACGAUUGCCCUUGUCUUCAAUGACUUCUUAUUGGAAGACAAGUAUGACUUCCUGGAAAUCAGCGGGACCGAGGCGCCCAGCAUAUGGCUAACUGGUACUAGCCUGCCUUCACCAGUUAUAUCAAGCAAGAACUGGCUGCGGAUACACUUCACCUCAGACAGCAACCACCGAAGGAAAGGAUUUAGUGCUCAGUACCAAGUGAAGAAAGCUAUAGAGUUGAAGUCCAGAGGAGUGAAGAUGAUGCCCAAUAAAGACUCCAGUCACAAAAAUGCAGUCUUGAGUCAAAGUGGCCUGGCUGGAGAUGUGUGUCCAGAUCCUGGAGUCCCAGAGAAUGGCAAGAGGAUGGGAUCCGCCUUCCAAGUCGGCUCCAGCGUCCAGUUCAGUUGCGACGACAGCUACGUUCUUCAAGGAUCCAAAAGUAUCACUUGUCAGAGAGUGACGGACACACUGGCUGCUUGGAGUGACCAUCGGCCCAUCUGCAGAACCCGUACGUGUGGUAGCAACUUACGGGGGCCCAGAGGGAUCAUAACAUCUCCUAACUACCCUGUGCAGUAUGAGAACAAUGCUCACUGUGUCUGGGUAAUCACUGCGCUGGAUUCUGCAAAGGUUAUAAAGCUGUCAUUUGAAGAGUUUGACCUGGAACGCGGCUAUGAUACACUCACAGUGGGCGACGGCGGGAAGAUAGGAGACACUAGACGGGUACUUUACGUACUCACUGGGUCCAGUGUUCCUGACAUCAUUGUGAGCUUGUCCAAUCAGAUGUGGCUUCACCUGCAGUCUGACGACACAAUCGGCUCUGCUGGGUUCAAAGCAGUCUAUGAAGAGAUCGAACGGGGAGGCUGCGGUGAUCCUGGCGUGCCGGCGUUUGGUCGUCGUAGUGGCAAUGGAUUUCAACACGGGGAUAUGCUGACCUUCUCCUGCCAGUCUGCAUUUGAAUUAGUUGGCGAGAGGAGCAUUACGUGCCAGCAUAAUAACCAGUGGUCUGGUAAUAAACCCAGUUGCAUCUUUUCUUGUUUCUUCAACUUCACGGCCCCAUCGGGAACAGUGCUGUCCCCAAACUAUCCUGAGGAAUAUGGGAACAAUCUCAACUGCGUGUGGCUGAUCAUUUCUGAACCAGGGAGCCGCAUUCAUUUGCUCUUCUCUGACUUUGACCUGGAGCCUCAGUUUGAUUGGUUGGCGGUCAAAGAUGAAGGUCUAUCUGAGCCCACCACUUUUGGCACAUUUUCUGGAAAGGAUGUACCAUCCCAAAUUGCCUCACAUGGACACAUCAUGAGACUGGAAUUUCAGUCCGAUCACUCCAAUACUGGGAAAGGCUUCAACAUCAGCUAUACAACAUUUGGCCAGAAUGAGUGCCAUGAUCCAGGGGUUCCUGUCAACGGGCAAAGAUAUGGAGACCAGUUCCAACUCGGCAGCUCUGUGGCUUUCCGCUGUGACCAAGGAUUCAUUAGGACACAGGGGUCAGAUCAGGUCACCUGCAUCAUUCAAGAUGGAAAUGUUGUUUGGUCUGCAGCUGUGCCUCGCUGUGAAGCUCCAUGUGGAGGCCAUCUCACCGCUCCUAGCGGAGUUCUUCUCUCUCCUGGUUGGCCUUCCUUCUACAAGGAUUCUCUCAACUGCCAGUGGGUGAUUGAAUCUCAAGCGGAUCAUGCUGUGAAGAUACACUUUGACAGGUUCCAGACGGAGGUCAACUAUGACACGUUGGAAAUCAGGGACGGUCCCUCAUCCUCCUCCCCCUUGAUCGGCGAGUACCACGGAACCCAGGCGCCACAUUUCCUGAUCUCCACGUCCAACUUCCUGUUCCUGUUGUUCACCACUGACAACAGUCGCUCGGCGGCGGGCUUCAGCAUCAGAUACGAGAGUGUGAAAAUGGAGUCAGACUCUUGUCUUGACCCGGGUAUUCCGGUGAAUGGACGUCGCCAUGGCAGCAGCUUUUCCAUUGGCUCCCGUGUCUCGUUUGCAUGCGACCCGGGAUAUAGUCUGAGCGAUCAGGAGCCCAUCGUUUGCGAGCAGAAUCAUCAGUGGAGUCACGCUCUUCCCAGCUGUGAUGCUCUGUGUGGAGGCUAUGUGUUUGGGAAAAUGGGAACGAUUCUUUCGCCGGGAUUUCCUGACUUCUACCCCAACUCUCUGAACUGCACCUGGACCAUAGAGGUGUCUCAUGGUAAAGGAGUCCACCUCGUCUUCCAUACGUUCCAUUUGGAGGAGAACCAUGACUACCUGUCCAUCACAGAGAACGAAAAUUUUCUGGUUCCGGUGGCCCGACUGACUGGCUCUGUGCUACCCCCCAGUGUCAAAGCGGGGCUUUUUGGGAAUUUCAGCGCUCAGCUCCGAUUCAUAUCUGAUUUCUCCAUGAGUUACGAGGGAUUUAACAUCACAUUCUCAGAAUAUGACUUGGAGCCUUGUGAGGAUCCGGGUGUUCCGGCUUUCAGCAGACGUACAGGAUUCCGAUUUCAAGUUGGCGACUCACUUGCCUUUUCUUGUUUCCACGGUUACCGACUCGAGGGAGACAGCAAGAUCACCUGUCUUGGUGGAGGCAGGCGAGUGUGGAGCAACACACUGCCCAGAUGUAUAGCUGAGUGUGGAGCCACCUCUCUGGGGCCAGAGGGUGUUCUUGUCUCGCCAAACUUCCCUUCCAACUACGACAACAAUCACGAGUGCAUCUACCGCAUCACCACUGAGAAGGGAAAAGGAAUCAGGCUGAAAGCUGAGAGCUUCUCUCUGCAAGAUGGAGACCAUCUCAGGGUGUAUGAUGGCGAAAACAGCUCAUCUCGUCUCCUUGGGAACUUCACCCGGGGUGCUAUGAUGGGCCGUAUUAUCAAUAGUACCUCCAAUCACUUGUGGCUGGAGUUCAAUAGCAACGCCUCUGGAACAACUCAGGGCUUUCACCUCACGUAUACAAGUUUUGACCUGGUGCGGUGUGAAGAACCUGGCGUCCCCAGUUACGGCUACAAGAUCCAAGACGAUGGACAUUAUGCUAACACAUUUGUCCUUUACUCUUGCAACCCUGGCUACAGUCUCCAUGGAAGUAGUACACUGACGUGUCUAAGUGGGGACAGACGUGUUUGGGACAAACCACUUCCAUCCUGUAUCGCGGAGUGUGGCGGUCACAUCACGGGAGCGGUGUCUGGACGAAUUUUGUCACCAGGAUACCCUGCCCCGUAUGACAACAAUCUCCACUGUACCUGGACUAUAGAGGCAGAUACUGGCAAGACUAUCAGCCUCCAUUUCAUCGUCUUUGACACUGAGAUCGGCCAUGACAUCCUGAGAGUUUGGGAUGGGCCGUCUGGGCCAUCGGAUGGAGGCAUCCUUUUGAAAGAAUGGUCCGGUCCAGCCUUACCUGAAGAUAUCCAUUCAACCUUCAACAUACUGACACUUCAGUUUGAUGCUGACUACUUUAUCAGCAAACAGGGCUUUUCCAUCCAAUUUUCCACCACAACAGCGACGACCUGUAAUGACCCUGGCAUCCCAGUAAAUGGCUCUCGAUAUGGAGACACUAAGGAGCCCGGUGACAGUAUGACGUUCCAGUGUGACCCCGGCUAUCAGCUCCAAGGCUCUGAUACCAUCACGUGUGUCCGCAUGGAAAACAGAUUCUACUGGCAGCCUGACCCUCCAACAUGUAUUGCAACCUGCGGUGGUAACGUCAGCGGUCCUUCUGGAGUGAUCCUGUCUCCUAACUACCCCCAGCCUUACCCUCCAGGGAAAGAGUGUGAUUGGCGAAUUCGAGUCAACCCAGACUUUGUCAUUGCUCUCAUCUUCAAAAGUUUCAACAUGGAGCCCAGUUAUGACUUCCUGCACAUUUACGAGGGCGAAGACUCGAAUGGGCCUCUCCUGGCAAGUCUCCAAGGCAACCAAGCCCCAGAUCGCAUCGAGAGCAGUGGGAACAGUCUCUUCCUGGCAUUCCGAUCGGACGCCUCACUGGGCAUGUCUGGCUUCGCCAUUGAGUUCAGAGAAAAGCCAAGGGAGGCCUGUUUUGAUCCUGGUAACAUCAUGAAUGCUAGUCGGACCGGCUAUGACUAUAAACUGGGAUCUCAGGUGUCCUAUAACUGUCACCAUGGCUACACAACAGUGGGCGGUCAAACAAUAACCUGUGUGAUGGGGCAUGACGGGAAGCCGGUGUGGGACAAGGCUCUGCCAUCAUGUAAAGCACCAUGCGGUGGACAGUACGGUGGAUCUGACGGAGUCGUUUUGUCUCCAAACUACCCUUUAAACUACACCAGUCGACAAAUCUGCUCCUACUACAUCACAGUGCCUCCACAGUUUGUUGUUUUUGGUCAGUUUGCCAUCUUCCAGACUGCGAUGAACGACUCAGUGGAGCUGUUCGAUGGCGCCAAUGAGAACUCGCGAUUGCUGAGUUCGCUGGCAGGAUCACAUUCAGGAGAGACGCUACCCUUGGCAACUUCCCAUCAAAUCAUGCUGCGAUUCAAUGCCAAGAGUGGCCAACCAGCUAAGGGCUUUCACUUUGUCUACCAAGCUGUGCCUCGGACAAGUGACAGUCAGUGUAGCUCGGUGCCAGAGCCUCGCUAUGGCAGAAGGAUCGGGUCAGAGUUCUCCGCCGGCUCGGUGAUCCGUUUCGAGUGCAGUCCAGGAUAUCUCCUGAAGGGAUCCAGCGCGAUCCGGUGCCAGGCCGUACCAGGUGCUCUGGCCCAGUGGAAUUCAACAACGCCAAGCUGUAUUGUUCCCUGCAGUGGGAAUCUGACAGAACGCCGUGGUACCAUAUUGUCUCCUGGCUUUCCAGAGCCAUACCCAAACAGUCUCAACUGUCUGUGGAGAAUCCAUGUCAGCGAAGGAGCUGGAAUACAGAUUCAAGUGAUGACAUUUGCUACCGAGCACAACUGGGAUUCUCUGGAGAUCUACGAUGGGGGAGACAUGACGGCUCCUAAAUUAGGGUCAUUUUCUGGAACUACAGCUCCUGCCCUCCUUAACUCCACAUCCAAUCAGCUUCUCUUGCACUUUCAGAGUGACAUUAGCGUUGUGGCUGCAGGAUUUCACCUUGAAUACAAAACGGUCGGUCUGACGACUUGUCCUGAGCCGAUGAUCCCAGCAAAUGGCAUAAAAACAGGAGACCGAUACAUGGUCAAUGAAGUAGUGGCCUUCACCUGUGAGCCUGGAUACACCUUACAGGGCCACUCUCAUAUUUCCUGCAUGCCUGGGACUGUGCGCAGAUGGAACUACCCACCUCCUCUUUGCAUAGCUCGUUGUGGUGGGGUAUUGUCUGAGGUCACUGGAGUGAUCCUGAGUCCGGGUUUCCCAGGCAACUACCCCGGCAACCUCGACUGCACCUGGCAAAUCAUCUUGCCGACAGGAUAUGGAGCCCAUAUUCACUUCCAAAACUUUUCCUCUGAAGACAACCAUGACUUCCUGGAGGUGCGGUCGGGACCACAGCACAGCUCGUCUCUGAUUGGACAGUUCACUGGUUCACAAGUCCCGCCCUCUCUUUUAAGCACCACCCACCAGACCAUCAUUCACUUCUACAGUGACCAUUCAGAGAACAGGAUGGGGUUCAAACUCACUUAUCAAGCUUACCAACUUCAAAACUGCCAGGAUCCUUCUCCUUUUACCAAUGGUGACAUCAUCAACAGUGACUACAGUGCUGGCCGGUCAAUAACAUUCCUGUGUUAUGCUGGCUAUGUUUUGAUUGGACACCCAGUACUGACAUGUCUGCAUGGGACCAACCGGAAGUGGAAUCACCCAUUUCCACGCUGCGAGGCUCCCUGUGGCUACAAUGUCACAGCUGAAAAUGGGACCAUUUAUUCGCCUCAGUACCCCAGUGAAUACCCCAACUCACAAGACUGUAGCUGGCUCAUCGCCGUCCCCCACGGACAUGGAGUUUACAUCAACUUUACCCUGUUGCAGACUGAGCCUGUCACUGAUUACAUUGCUGUAUGGGAUGGUCCAGAUGCAUCCAGUCCUCAGCUAGGUGUCUUCAGUGGCAACACGGCAUUAGAGUCAGCCUACAGUUCCAGCUCCAAGGUUCUGAUCCGCUUUCACUCUGACUUUUCAACCGGAGGAUUCUUCAUACUCAACUUCCAUGCCUACCGUUUGAAGAAAUGCCCUCCUCCUCCUCUAGUGGAGAAUGCUGACGUAAUUUAUGAGGAUGAAGAUUUCCUAAUAGGUGAUAUUGUGGCUUAUCGUUGUCUCCCUGGAUACACACUCAUUGGGAAGGCGGAGCUCAUGUGUACGCUCAACUCCCAUUUACUGUUUGAGGCCCCACCGCCAACCUGCCAAGCCCAGUGUCCAGCCAAUGAGGAGAGAUCUUCAUCAUCAGGUGUCAUUUUGAGUCCCAUGUUCCCCGGCAACUACCCCAACAGCCAGACCUGCUCCUGGCUGCUUCGCAUGCUUCCAGGUUUCAUCAUCAAUAUCUACGUUGAGAUGUUCCACAGCGAGAAGCAAUUUGACGAGCUGGAAAUUUUUGAUGGAUCCUCAGGACAGAGCCCUUUGCUUGUGGCUCUCAGUGGAAAUCAUUCAUCUCAACUCAACUUCACCUCCAAAACCAAUCAGCUUUACCUACGCUGGUCCACUGACCAUGCAACCAACAAGAAAGGAUUCAAGAUAAGAUACUCAGCUGCGUACUGUAGUAUUAAUGAUCCCCCAGCGAAUGGGGGUGUCGUCAACCGAACCAAACUCCGCCCGGGCAGCAGACUCCAGUUCUACUGUAACCAUGGUUACCGUCUGGUCGGCUCUAUGAAUUCCACCUGUAGGCUCCGUCCCAAUGGGCUAUUCCAAUGGGAUACACCUCCACCAUUCUGUCAAGCUAUCUCCUGUGGGAUCCCUCAGUCACCAGGCAAUGGCAGCUUCUACGCCUACCAUUACAACGUGGGCAGUCAGGUGACCUACAACUGUAAACAUGGUUAUCACCUUGAUCCCAGUCUACCAGCCACGGCAAUGUGUUUGGAGGAUGGCAGCUGGAGUAAUUCCGCCUCACCCCCAAGGUGUCUCUCCAGUCACUGUUCGAGCAUUGAGGGUGUAUUGUCAGAUCACAUGACCUAUCAUCUGCUGUCUGGUACACUGGGAGAGUUUGGAUCCUUGGCCAUGUUGGAAUGUUCAGAGGGGUACUCCUUCGGCGCCGGACAUCGGACUCUUGGUUGCCUUGCCAAUGGGACAUGGGAAGGGUCGGAUGAACCAGCUACAUGCAAGAUCUUGUCCUGUGGGGAUCUUCCUUCUCCACCAUUCGGCACCAAACUUGGAACACUGACUACAUUUGGCGCAACUGCAAUCUUCAUGUGUAACCAUGGUUAUACUUUGGUGGGGUCCCAUGUCAGAGAGUGUGGAGCCAACGGGUUGUGGAGUGGUUCUGAAACCAGGUGCCUUGCCGGCCACUGUGACUCUCCAAAUCCUAUCAUCAACGGUCACAUUAGCGGCGACGGCUCAAGUUACCGCGACACAGUGGUGUACCAGUGCAUGCUGGGAUAUCGCCUGAUCGGCACAUCAGUCAGAAUCUGCCAACAAGACCAUCGGUGGUCUGGAACAACACCUGUUUGCGUCCCCAUAACCUGUGGUCACCCUGGAAACCCAGCCAACGGGCGGACGAACGGCAGCGAGUUCAACCUCAACGAUGUGGUCAACUUCACCUGUAAUAAAGGUUACAUCCUGACUGGAAAUUCACGCGCUCAGUGUCGACUCAACGGGCAGUGGAGCAACCCCCUACCUCUCUGCAAAGUGGUCAACUGUUCUGAUCCCGGGCACGUGGAAAAUGGUGUACGGCAGUCUGGACUACGUUACCCAGAAAUCUUUAGCUACGGCACAACCGUGGCCAUUCACUGCAAACAAGGCUUCUACCUGCUCGGGUCCGCGCUUCUAACCUGCCUCCAUGAUGGACGCUGGGACAGGCCAACCCCUCGAUGCUUGGCUAUUUCCUGCGGUGACCCUGGUGUUCCCCCAAAUGUGAUCAUCCCCGGAACCCACAGCUGGACUUACGGCUCUGUGCUGCAGUACUCCUGUUUGCAAGGAGGGAUGCUGGUGGGCAAUGCUACACGCCACUGUCAAGAGGAUGGCACUUGGAGUGGGGCACCGCCCUACUGCACUGGUCUGAGUCCAGGGAUGUGCGGUGACACGGGGGUUCCUCCCCACGGUGCCCGUUUAGGAGGGGAAGAGUUUAAAACCAAGAGCUUGCUGCGUUUCAGCUGCGAGGCGGGAUACAAUCUGAUCGGCUCCGCUGAGAGGACGUGCCUCCACAACGGCACCUGGAGUGGAACGCAGCCCGUGUGUCAAGCUGUGUCAUGUGGCAACCCUGGCACCCCAGCCCAAGGCAGGAUCGUCUUCAGUGACGGCAUCACCUUCGGCAGUUCAGUGGCUUACGCAUGCUGGGAAGGGUUCAAAACUUCGGGCUUGACGACCAGACACUGCACAACAAAUGGGACGUGGACAGGACAACCACCAGACUGCACUGUGAUCACUUGUGGAGACCCAGGGCCAAUCGCCAAUGGCGUGUACUUGGGACGUGAUUUCACCUUCAACCACACGGUGGCAUACCAUUGUAACCCGGGUCACCUGAUGGAACCACCUGGACCAGGUCGUAGUGUUUUACACUGCACUAAAGAUGGACAGUGGAACCAAACCAAACCCAGCUGUAAAGUGAUCCAGUGCGGACCUCCCCCUCAAGUCCAAAAUGGGGAAGUCGAAGGAACGGAUCAUUCGUGGGGCUCGAGUGUCAGCUACAGUUGUUUCCAUGGUUAUCAGAUGUCCCUGCCGGCUGUAUUGACCUGCGAGGGGAAUGGAACGUGGACCGGAGAAGUACCCCAAUGUCUCCCAAUGCUGUGUGGUGAUCCCGGCUCUCCUGGAGGCGGAUUCCGGGAAGGGAGGAUCUUUACUUACCGGUCAGAGGUCAGAUUCUACUGCCAUACCCCAUACUUGUUGGUUGGCUCCGCCUCCAGAGUGUGUCAGGCUGAUGGUAUUUGGAGUGGCCAACAACCAGCCUGUAUAGACCCUGCUUUUAACAGCUGUCGUGACCCAGGAACACCAUCAUACGGUAUCCCAGUCCAGCCUUUGGGCCUUCAGGUUGGAAGUAAGAUUUCAUUUAAAUGCCGUAAGAACUACCACAUCCUUGGCUCCACCACAAGAACGUGUUUAGAAAACCUCACCUGGAGUGGAACACAACCCGAAUGUGUUGCCCACUCGUGCCGACAGCCCGAGACCCCCAGUCAUGUGGACAUUCGCUCGAUGGACUUGCCAACAUUGGGAUAUACACUUAUCUACGCCUGUCAAGACGGUUUCUAUCUGGCCGGAGGAUCAGAACACCGAACAUGUAAAAGUGAUGGGAGAUGGUCGGGAAAACCACCACUGUGUAAAGUUGGAGUUAAAGUCAAUCCCAAAGGCAGAGGAGAGAGCGACAUCCAGAAGAACAAAAUUCGAGUUCCAGUGGACGUGUUCUCACCCAACUCGGAAUGGAGAGGUUUCUAUGAAUAUCUGGGCAAGAGACAGGCCACCACAUUCACAGUGACUGGGUUCAAUGCCAGCAGCGGAAGGGUUAAUGCCACCCUACUGGAGACCAGUGGAGUCUCAAUCAGACUAUCAGGGACUUAUAAGUCUGAGGAGAACCAACUUCUACUGAAGGUCUAUCAAGUCAAAGGGCCCACAGAGCAUUACUACAGCAAGUUUAAGAAUGACAACUGGGCCGUGGAUGGAUACGUGACUGCGGAAUCCGACCAGAAAACAUUUGUCUACCAAGGGCACAUUCACAGUAAAGACUUUGGUAAAUUCCAUCUGACAAGGCAAGGCCCUGUAACCAUGGCGACAGACCCAUCCAAUCCUUAUACGAACAGCAGCUCUGUGGCAGCGGCCAUCUUGGUUCCUUUCUUUGCCCUCAUCCUGUCGGGAUUCGCCUUCUACCUCUACAAGCACAGGACAUUGUCUGCUGACACAGAUGACAAUGAAAGACCAAAAGACACCUGGGGGCCUGGCGGCAGAACCCGGCCGAAGGUCCAGUUCAAUGGCUAUGUCGGCCAUGAAAGCACCAAUGGUCAGGCAUCAUUCGAAAACCCGAUGUACGACACCAACAUGAAGCCCACUGAGGCUAAAGCCGUUCGAUUCGACACCACGCUCAAUACAGUAUGCACAGUGGUGUAGUCCAGCACGUCAGCCGCUACUCUAAUUAGUGGCACAGUCCAACGGGGCUGUCCGCGAUGUGGUUGAACUAUCAGGACAAACAAGCAAACUCAUGAUUGGCACUCAUCACGUGGGGCGGUCUGUGCCGCGGCAUGCUGUUCAGCAUACUCGGCACAGUGAUGUGCCUCUGCUCCUACGUGACAGGAGCAUUCGCCGCCUCCUUCUUUGGUAAAAUUAGACAGUGAUGUCAUUAAAAAGGUUAGCUAAUGGUCCAGGGAUACGUGUUCAGACAUAAAGAAAAAAAAAAAAGAGGGCUAGGGUUUUUAACUUCCAUCUUUGAACAUUAUAUGGCCUUCUGGUACCUUUCCUCCCACACUGAUAGAUGGUUGGCCCAAUCUAAUUCUACAGCCGCGUGCCAAAUAUAUACACAUGUAUGCACAGUGCUAAAAGGCUUACUUGGCUCCACUGCUGCAGGCCAGACGUGUUUGACUGAUGUGAGGUUGGAUCCGCAGGGGAAGCAAUCCUCCCCUCUUCCACCUUUCUAGGCUUAAAGUCCUAAUUAGAUGGUUCAUUCAUGUCAGCACAAAUAGUGCAGGACAAACUUCCCCAGUGGGCAUUCGGAUGGGUUUGACAGGACUAAACCCGGGCUUCAAGGUAGUGUAGACAGCUUUUUUUUUCCGUCAGAGCUGUGACAUUGCCCUCUAAAUUCAGUUAAGGUAAUGACUGAAGUUCCACCAGGCAAUGUAUUUAUGCUAAAAGUACAGAAUGUAAACAAACCGGUACCCGGAUUAGUGUCUUCUACCUAGUAAGUGCAGGAUCCAUUAACGACAUUGCCUUUCACUGAAGGACCUGCCAACAAUCAGGCGGAAACUUCUGAAAUUUGUAAAUUAUUCCACGCCCCAACUGAUGAUGUGCAGUAAAUUCCCACUCAGUGCCACAUACAAAACUGGUAAACAGGCAACCCAUCCAGGAUGGAGUCCGCCGUUUGUCCUUGAAUGGGUUGAGUACCUGAACCUUUGACCUCAUCCUAAAAGUGUUUUCAACCCCCUAUAAAUACUUACAAAUGUCCAACACUGCCACAGUGGCAGCCAGACUUCGAUGAAGCAGAAAUUCAAAUAAUUGAGAUGCUAUACACAACUGUGAGGUUUCCAGAGAGCUGUCAAAAACAAUCAAAUAUUCCGAGUGUCAUACUUGGACCGGCCAGGUUUGCGUGCUUGCUGACUGAACAAGGGGAGACCUGGAGGCAAUGAACUGUCAGGUUUGUCGACCCAGGAAACGUCUUCAAGUCUCAAGCUGGACAAGAAUCUCAGCCAGGUGAUAUUUUGCACCAGUCGGUCACAAAAUCAAAAGCAGAUGAACACACGAAGAAGACUUGAGUGUAAUUAGACAAAUGGACGGAGGAAGUACUCUGUUGGGAAGGAGAGUCAAGGACAGGUCGCUACGGAAGCAGAGGCAAAUUGUCUCUUCUGGCAUUUUUUCUUCAGUGAAGAUAUUCAUGAACAGACUCUAAUGUUCAAAACCCAGUGGCCCAAUGGGACUUCCCAAUCUGCUGCUGGGGACCGCCCCAACUAUAAACUUUAUAUAGACUCUUAAAUUGCACAAAUUUUGCACUAGUGUGUUUUUCUGACUGGGUUAUGAAAAAAAAAGGAAAAAAAGAAUAAUUUUGGGGUCUGAAGUGGGUUUGGAAAACAAGUCCUUCAAAUUAAGAGAAUUUUAUUCAAAGCUUCUAUCUUUAAAAAAAUACAAUUAAAAAAAAAUAACAGAUGGCUACACACAGGGUUACAGAGUGUUUGUACAUACACAUAUAUAUUUCAAGCCCAACGCCCGCAGGUGUGUUUUUAUUGUUGUCGUGACAACGUUCUAGCCCACCCAGAAAGUUGAGACGAGUUUACCUGUGGACCUCCUGUGUCGUAAUGACUUUCAUGUUGUGUUAAUGACCAUGUCUGUUUCUGAAAGCUCAUAUUGAACACUGCUUUUACCCUAAUGCUCACCCAAAUAGCACACAGUGUGAUGCUUUUACACUCGGAUCACAGUGUACAAGACCAUCUCAGAAAAAAAGGAGCAGACAGGAGAUGUUUUCAGAAACAACCAAGUCUUAAAAAAAAAAAAAAAAAAACUUGUUUAAUGCUCCACCACUCAGACCAUCAUGCGCCGCCCAUUCCACAUCUUUUAAUAUACAACCCGGCAACUUUAAAGAGCACACAGCCUGUGUGACUUCAUCGCUUAAAGGUGCAAUUUAUCUAAACAAACUCUUGAUCGCUGUAUUUCAGCCUACGAAUCAAUCCGAGGCAGCGUAUCUUUAAAAAGUUGAGUUUUCCAAACAGAUUGCAAGAAACAAACUCCAUGACCCUCAAUGAAUCAGUAAAGUCUCAGGUGAGAAAUGCGUGAGAUCAUGAACAGGCAAGGUUAAUUAACAUGCAGUAUAUUUGCUCCGUAUAAUGCCCUUUGACAUGAGAUUGUGUUGCCUGAAUGAUGAUGAUCAAUAAAACAGCAUUCAGCUUUUUGCAAAUUUUA